AUUCUCUUCUUCCUCUCUCUCUCUCUUCCCCGGGGGAGGGAAAGGGGGUCGAGGGUCGCGGAGAUAAGGAUAAACGUCGGACGACGCGACGGCCUUCCACGAUCGAAUAAGUAACACGCGAUCGAUCGGCGUUACGCGCAGUCCAUUUUUCCCGUUCGCGACCAACCACCACGCGCCGGACCGCAUCAUGAGAAAUUUGAAUCAGAACGGUGAAGAGUUCGAUCUGAUCGCCGAGAGCGGGAGCAACGAUUUCGACUCGUCGACAACAACGAUUCCCCAAGAAGAGAACGACGAGGAAGAGCUGAACGAUCCCUAUUGCGUCGAGGAUAAUCCCCAGAGGGUCACUUUCGAGGACGUCACGUCGGCCGCUUUCAAGAUCAAAUGCGGGAUCAUCAACACGCCAUGCGUGAAAUCGCGGCUGUCGGAUACGAUCGGCGUGGAUCUAUACCUGAAGAAAGAUUUCCUCCAAGUAACCGGAAGCUUCAAGGAGCGCGGGGCGAGGUACGCCCUGGUGAUGCUGUCCGAGGAACAGAAGAAGAUCGGCGUGAUCUCGGCCUCGUUGGGUAACCACGCCGGUGCGCUAUGCUAUCACGGGUACAAGCUCGGUAUACCUGUGACCGUGGUGAUGCCCGUGAUUGCGCCUAUCAUGAAGAUCGUCGCUUGUCGCCAAUACGGCGCGAACGUGAUCGUCGAUGGCCUCGACAUGGAAGAGGCGAGGCGUAUCGCGCUUAGACGGGCCAAGGAGAAAGGGCUGACGUAUAUAAAUGGAUACGAUUAUCCGGACGUUAUAGCGGGGCAAGGAACGCUGGGCCUCGAGAUCGUGGAACAAGUUUCCAACAUAGACGCUGUGGUCGUACCGAUCGGAGGCGGUGGCUUGAUCGCGGGCGUAGCUCUGGCCGUGAAAAACCUUCAUCCGAACGUAACGAUUAUCGGCGUUGAGUCGGAAAAGUGUCCCAGUUUCUACAAGGCACGAAAGGCGGAUCGACCGACGUACACUCGUAUAGAUUCGACAUUGGCCGACGGUUUGGCCGUCCCAGUGGUGGGAUACAACGCCUUUGCGACCGCGAAUCCGUUGAUCGACAAGUUGGUGGUGGUGAAGGAAGAAUGGAUCGCGAUCGCGAUCUUGAAACUGGUCGAGAACGAGAAGUGUAUCGUCGAGGGCGCGGGUGCCACUGGAUUGGCCGCCAUCUUGGCCGGCCAAUUGGAGGAGCUGAAAGGAAAAAGAGUGGUGCUGCCUUUGUCGGGCGGAAACAUCGACACGACGAUCCUCGGCAGGUGUUUGGACCGCGGACUGGCGGCGGAAGGCCGGCUUUUGAAGUUCACAGUGACCGUAUCCGAUCGACCCGGCGGAAUCGCGGAGCUUUGCAGAAUGCUGGCGAGCAUCGGUGUCUCGAUAAAGGACAUCAUGCACGAGCGGGCUUGGAUCAUGUCGGACAUCUUCAGCGUGGACGUGAAAGUGGUCUGCGAGACCAGGAAUCGGGAACACGCGGAACAAUUGAAGAACAUGUUGUAUCAGAAAUAUCAGAAGGUCGUGUUCGGGACCAGCGACGUGGCUACGCUGAAUUUGCCUGUGAGCGUGUAACUCGCUCUCUCUCUCGGCUUC